UUUAUGCUAUUUAUUUAAUAAUUCAUUACACAUAGUGUUAUUAUAUGAUAUUAGCGCUACAUACUUAUAUCAGGUAAUAUAUUAAAAACAGACGUCUUGUGUAGUAUUUAAGAUACGUGUGUGUGUGUAUAUGAGUCUGUGACGUCACGACGCACGCGCAGCAAGAGUGCUCGUGCCAGAGAAUAAAAAUCUCGGCUGCUCGCCACACUGCGGCCCGACAUAUUGCGGGCUCGCGCAAAUAGGUAGGGAUAUGAAAUCACUUGUGAAAUGUAUUAACGGCUUCGCGCCGCGCGCGCGUUGAUGCGGUUUUUUUUCGUCCUGACAAGGCGAUUCGCGAUCAACCCACGUCACACGCACUUGUUGCUGCACCAUGGCUGUUAGUACAAUCCGACGAUACGUCGCGGAAGUGUUCACCGAGCGAGAAUUUCUACGGUGCUCGUUUCGUCGACCUCGUGGGCAUCGCGACGACUGCGCGCGCGACGCGUCGACGCGCUGAAGCAUUCUGUGCGCGAGGUGAAUGAAAGAAAGGCGCGAUUGUCGUAUAUCUACCGCGUUUUUUUAUAUUUGCUGUGCAAGUGAUAAGAAUAAAGAAAAAUAAAUUAAAGAAAGCUCAUAGAGAAAAUUUAUACAUGCAAAGUGUAAAAGAGUUUUGCGUCUCUCGUUCUGAUUUGUAAAAAACCAAAAAUGCAACAUUGAUUAUAGGAGUGAUAAUCGAAGUUUGUUUUGUGACAAGAGAGGAAGCUUUUACAAUUUCUCGUCACGAGCCGCGCUUCUGCUUCACAGGAACUUUCCGAACGAGAACGGGCAUUUUUAUGUAGCAGGACGUCGGAAUAUGCGAGAAAGCGUUCUUGCCGUGCUAUUAGCAUGGAUACUUGCGGCCCAGCAAGGACUGUGCGGCAACUUGGAAAAAGUCGCCCUACGACCGAACAAUAUCUUAGAAGAUUUUUCCGCCUAUCGUCACAUCUCGAUCGUUCAUUUCGAGGUGCCGGAACGUAUAGUCGCGGCUGUUUUCAAAUUUACAGCGAAAGAAGAGAAGACUGGCGGUAUAGGUAAGUGUUCGCCGCGCAACAUUUCGUUGCAUUUGAAAUCCGGCAGUUUGCCGUUUGUCCGUCCCGAUGGAUCGAAGGUGAACGCUAAACUAUUGGAGAUGAAGAAACGACGGCAAUAUCACAGUCUGAAUAUGCGUAGCGAUGGCGAUAAGUACAUGAUCAAGGUGGAAGCUCCAUCGGCGGGCGACUGGUACACGAUCGCUUUCCGAUCCUGGAUCGAUCCUGACAAGGAGAAGAUUAAACAGCAAGGUCUCAGCGUCUCUUGCGAAACCGUGAUGGAUGCUGAAAUGUUCAUAGAAAUGCCGACGAAGACGUCGCUUGUAGCGGAUCCCGAAGUCGAGCAUGAGAUACAGCUGGACGAAGCCUCCGAUACAGCAAUAGUACAAUAUUUCUUACCGGACGUUGGUAUGGCGAAGCUGAGUCUGUACCUGAACUCGUCCUGCGGCGAGGAUUGCGAGAUCGACGUCCACGUCACGGCAGGAGACACACUCGUCAACGGUCUAUUUAACUCCACGAUGUGGGUACAGAUGUUCAAGCCUUAUUCCGACGAAUUUCAUUGCGUAACUCUUCGUCUGCUGUCGGGGAACGCGUCGAACGUGACGAUGCGACUCUUGACAAAUCGCGAACACCAAACGAACGACAAGUCGACACCAGUGAAACUAUCAAAAAAAUCCUUUCCGGAUUUCUUUCUCUUCGACUAUGAACAUCUGCGCGGUAACGAUACAAAACCGCAGGCCUUCAAUGUGACCGCCGAAGCUCUUUCUGUUCUGAAGUUUAAGAUUGGCAGAGUGUACGAUGUCGGUGGCACGGUUACUCUCGGUUUCAAGUUGGUCGACGUAGAGGAGAAGAACAAGAAAGCGAUUGUUCUCGUAGCUUGCGUUUCCUUAGGUUACUACACCAAUAUCACUUCGGAUGGUGGUUGUGUCCGCGCGAACACCAUUACGACGGCAGACGUCUACACAAACGCAACCGAGCCGGCUUACGUGCACAUACCUUUUCCGGAGGCAGGAACCUGGUACGUCAGCCUGCGUGUCUUUUGCCCUCACAGAAAAGUGGUCGGCAGCAACAACACCGAUAUCAAGACCGAUCGUACUUGCCCGUGCGAUCAUGUCUGUCUACAAAACAACUCAACGUGCGACAUGUGCGACUGCCUGCCGCGCUGUCCAUUGGCCCGAGUAGAGAGCAUCGUGUCGUCAUCACCGUGCAUAGAAGGCCGUUGCGGCCGUCGCGGCAAGUGCAUGCACUACAUGAGUGGCAGUUUUGUGUACUCGGCCUGUCAUUGUACUGGUGGUUAUCGCGGUUUCGAUUGUGCUGACGCGACCUACGUGCUCAGCAGCAGCCGUAUUCUUCUGCAGUUGCUCGCAUUGACUUUCAGCAACUUUGCGUUCUGCGGCUCGAUCUACGUUGCGAUCCGACGCGAAUACUUCACCGAAGCGGUCGCUUAUGCAGCUGUCAUGUUCUUCUCUACGUUCUAUCAUGCCUGUGAAGCCGGCGAGGAUGUGUAUAGCAUGUGCAUUAUGAGGCUGAGUGUGCUACAGUUUUGCGACUUUUUCAACGCGUUACUCGCAAUUUGGGUCACCCUAGUAGCGAUGGCGUCACUCGGACCGCGAUUCACCGCAUUUUGCCAAGUGGCCGGUGCGAUUGUUCUCGCCAUGGGAGCCGAAAUGGAUCGUACGGCGCUGUGGGUGUUCCUGCUACCGGCAGUUACUGGCUCCGCCUUAAUCGGAUUAUCCUGGGGACUCAGGUGCAGAAUAAAACGAACCGUCAGAUAUCCCUCACGUCCGUACAGGAUAAUCUAUUUACCGGCUGGGUUCUUUCUCGUCGCUCUGGGCCUGAUUUGUUACGCUUUUCUGCAAACGCGCAGAAAUUAUUAUCUCGUUCAUAGUUUCUGGCACAUAUGCGUAGCCAUAGGAGUCAUUUUAUUAUUGCCGAAGCGGCAAUACAUGAAAUGAUGAUUCGUAGAAAAACGCAUAAUUCAGGAAAAAUUUGAAAAAAAAUCAGAAUUAUGAGAAAGUGUAUGAUAGUAAAGCAACCAAAGAGACAUCAGGGAAAUUAUUAAGACAAAAGCUCACACAUAGACUGGGUGCAUACGUAUAUAUUAUAUCAAAGAUGUUAUUGUUCUAAAAAUAAUAUAUAGAAUUGAGAUCGUUCUUAUGGAAGAAAUUAGUAUUUAGCAAUAAGACGUAAUACACACAUGAAGAAAAUUCAACGACAGUAUUAUAUUUGUGGCAAAAAGAACAUUUGUGAACCUGCAUAGUUCGGCGUGACUCUGAAAGGCAGGAUUUUGCUCAUUUUAAUAAACACUAUGAAAAAGUUGGAAAUAAAACGAUAAGUUAUUUAUGAAUAAGGUUAUUUAUGAAUAUUUUUUCGUUUUAGAGACUUUGACGUAGAGUUUGAAAGCAAUAUUUAAAAAUAUUAAAAGAAAAGGAAUAAUUACAAUCAUGAAACUGAUAAGGUUGAAUUUUAUAAAAGCGGUAGUUAUUGCUUAAUAAAUACUUCCAGAAAACAUACUUUGACAUUCCGGGAGCUGUAUUGUCAGUCGCACGAAGAGCUAGAAUGUUUCACUUGUUACUUCGUUGAGUCGCGUGAAAGGACCUGUUCAUAAGGACCAAUUGUAUUACUAGGAUAGAUAAUAAGAUACUUGAAACGCGCGUGAUAAAAGAUUCCUUGUGCGAGUGGUGCUUUUUUUAGAAUUUAGUCACUUGCAUUACACUGGCGUAUAUGCAAAUGUAGCUACAAACAAAGUAUCUGAGCACAAAGGCGUAAUACAAUAUCUCACCAGUGUCCAACAUAAUGUUAAAUAAUAUAACAUUUUAUUUUUUGUUUUCAAACACAGAACACUUUUAUUAUUCGUGAAUAAACUUCGUGUGUAGCAGCCUUUGAAUAUUUUCCAGUGUAAUCUAGUACAAGCAAACUUGUUACUAUUUACAUGUUCUUUAUUAUUUCCAGUGUUCCAUUACUCUGUUAUUUUAUAGCGAGUUAACAUAUGCAAUUAGUGUAGCAAAUUAUCAGUUGUUAAUUUUUGACUGAAUACAGAAAUAGUACUCUGUAAUUAACACUUAGUGAUAUCUUGAUUCAGAUUUAUUUUGACCAAAAAAUUGCGCAAGAUAAGUGUAUAAUCGUGCCAUAUAUUUUCUCUUCUGCAACAAGAAGAUUUAAAUUCUAACUUUAUUUUAUCGAACGUAUAUAUUUUAUUGAUCACAUACACUAGGACGGUGUAAGCGUAGAAAUGUAAAAUUUAAGGAAUAUAAAUCCUUUUGCCUAUGGGAAUUGGUACCUCGCAUGUGAGCGUUUUCUACCACUAGAUUACACGAGAAUGAGUGUAAAAAAUAAAGACACGUACAUACAUACAUAUAUUUAGUCUUUCACGACAAAAAUCAGCGAGAUUGAGAGAUGUGGACAUAAAUAUAUGUACUAUAAGAUACAAUACAAAAGAAAUAAUAUUUUUCUACGUAAAACACACACACACAUAUCUCUUAUCUAGAAAUUAAAAACCUAAAUUACAUAUAGACUCCAUGUAUUUUAUUUUUUCGUUUUGCAAUAAUCAUAUUUCCUGCUUCUUGUUAAUAAAUAUCACAAAUAUAUAUAAAUCAAUAUUUUCUGAUGUCAUCAGUAGAAAACAAUAUACGGAGAAUUGAUAGAAUAUGAGAACGGAGUUGUCUUAGAAAAUUGCCUUGUAUCUAUGACAGUCUUUUUCUUUCUUGAGAAAGUAAGUAAAUAUAGAAAAAUACUCGUGUCUUUAUUUUCUGAUUCAUUCUCGUGUCUGGUGCACCGUGUGUGUAUACUGGCGUUUUGGAGAGAGUGUCGCAGAUAGGUGAAUGCGUCGUCGUCAUGGGCAGUGCCUGUACUGAUUGUUGACACAUGUGUUAAAGGCAAUGCGUUGCGACCGUAUCGCGAUUCUAGUCGAUUCUAUUUUUCUCAGUGUGAAAGUCAUAUAGAAUGUGUAUAACGUUUUCUAAACAACUGAAAAAAAGAAUGUCACGCUGGGUGCACAGAGGUUUUGUCAACAGAGAGAGAGAUAUGUCACUUUUACAUACACACACAUAAUUCACAUACAUACACGUACAUAAUUCUCUACGACAUACAAAUCAGACCAUUGUUGCACGGAUCGAAUUAAAAAAAUUACAGAAGUAAUCGAAACGUCCGCUCUGUUUGUGAUAAAUAAUUCUAUAUCAAUAUUACAAAACUAUUAGCAGACUACUGUGUUAUUUAUCUUCAAUGCAUCGUAGAAAGUAUAAUAAACACAACGUCGACAUAGUGAU